AUGGGUCUGGGAGCCAAAAACGAACGGCAAAGUCGCUGGUUUGCGCAUUUUCGUCAAACUGUGCAAGAUGGCAUGCUGGACAUCACGUGCCUUCAGGAGACUAGGGUGCCUGUGAAUGGUACGGCAGCGGCGACGGAGCUGCAUCUUCUAUCUUGGGGCUUUGUCGCUGAUGGUGAAAAUCAGUUCUCGCUAUGGAGUCCGAGCGUGGGACGUUCCGGCGGUCUCGCUAUUCUUUUACGCCCGUACAGUCGGAUAUCUUCACUGCACGCAUUCCAGAUGGAGCACUGGACCGCUCACUGGAUGGCUGCGACUGCAAUUCUGGAUGAUCGAGAGUUUACGAUUAUUAAUGUGUACGCGCCCGUGCUGAGGUCCGAGCUGGAGAAGCUGUUUCAAUCGCUCGAACACGUGAUUCUCGCGAUCGGUCUUACGCUUCUCGCUGGAAAUCAGUUCUCGCUAUGGAGUCCGAGCGUGGGACGGUCCGGCGGUCUCGCUAUUCUUUUACGCCCGUACAGUCGGAUAUCUUCACUGCAGGCAUUCCAGAUGGAGCACUGGACCGCUCACUGGAUGGCUGCGACUGCAAUUCUGGAUGACCGAGAGUUUACGAUUAUUAAUGUGUACGCGCCCGUGCUGAGGUCCGAGCGGGAGAAGCUGUUUCAAUCGCUCGAACACGUGAUUCUCGCGAUCGGUCUUACACUUCUCGCUGGAAAUCAGUUCUCGCUAUGGAGUCCGAGCGUGGGACGGUCCGGCGGUCUCGCUAUUCUUUUACGCCCGUACAGUCGGAUAUCUUCACUGCAGGCAUUCCAGAUGGAGCACUGGACCGCUCACUGGAUGGCUGCGACUGCAAUUCUGGAUGAUCGAGAGUUUACGAUUAUUAAUGUGUACGCGCCCGUGCUGAGGUCCGAGCGGGAGAAGCUGUUUCAAUCGCUCGAACACGUGGUAUCCAGUGUCGAUAGUCCGGUGUUUCUUUGCGGCAAUUUCAAUCCGGCACUGCGCCGCCUUCUGGAUUGCGGCGGCUUAACUGAUGUUUUGGAUGACGACAUCGACGACCACGAUUCGGACAUUGAUUGGCGAGUCAAACAUCACACGUAUUUCUAUACGAUGCCGGGUGGGCGUGAGGCAAGCUGUCGACUUGACCGGUGGUACUGCUCGGCCGUCGACGGAGAAUGGGUACGCGCAAUCGGCACGUCUAUUCCUGGUCCUUUCUCCGAUCGCAACGGUGUUUCAAUACGUGCGGCAGUUCCUGGACGGACUGUGCAGGUGAAGUCGCGAAGGCAGUUGUACCCGCCGCCUAGGUACGCUGUGCGAGAGUACGAGUUGGUGACGACGGACUUUUUCCAACGUGCAUCCGGGACCCUUGAAGGCGUCAUCGCAACAGCAGACACCGUUACGGAACAAGCCCGGGCAACGGCCAUAUGGUGGGAUGAUGAAAAAGCUGGACUGCGACAGAGAUACUCCGAUGCGGCCAAGGAUGCUCGCCGAAAAUCUACGACCGGCUACCGACAGCGCCUAAAGCGGCUUACCGCUUGUCUGGCGACCGCGAUCCGAGAAACCCCUGGUCCGGGUGCUGAUCCGUCUCAAUCGGUCAUCCAAGCCCGACGUGCGGUAGUAGAUUGCAAGGCCAAGUGGCAGAAGAUGAAACGUCGAUCGCUUUUUCGGUCCCAUGCACACCAUCCGGCACGGUCACAAAACAAAUUCUACCGCAGAGUGUCGACCAAGUUUGUCGAUAAUACGGUGUACAGCCUAUGGGGUCCUACUGGCCUCGGCCAUCAUCGGGCACGUGAUCUUGCACAGGAUAUGCGUGAGGGCUGGCGCGCCAUCAUGCAACAAACGCCUCCCGAUGAAGCGAUCGUCACUGAUUUCCUCGACUCGCUUCCUCCGCGGGACCAUGGUCCCGACCUUUCGGUUCUCAGCGACGAAUUAACAGCAGCUGAGGUGCUAACAUCUAUUCGUCGCUGCAAAAGGGGUAAGGCGUGGGGACCGGAUUCGCUUGGUAACGACUGGUACCGCGACAAUGAGGCAUACCUUGUACCUCUACUGACAAGGGUAUUUAACGUGUGCGCACUUGGCGGCAUCUUGCCGGGCACGUUCGGUCAAGCUGUAGUGGCGUGCAUAAAGAAGUCGAGGAGUGCGGUAUCACCACUUGACUAUCGACCGAUAUCUCUGUUAAACUCGGACUACAAAGUCUUCACACGGAUUUAUGCGUCCCGCCUCAGACCGCUGCUACCAACUCUAGUAAAUCCUCUCCAAACUGGUUUUGUACCUCGAAGAGAGAUGGCGACGGUACUUGAUAUCUUCGCUGCUGCUAAAUUGUGUGCAAGUAAUGAUUCCGAAUUGCACCGCUCGCUCGUGUUGCUGUUGGAUUUCUCAAAGGCGUAUGAUUCGCUUUCACGCAAUUUUCUUCUCGCCGUGAUGAGCCGACUCGGCUUCCCGGCAUCGUUUGUUCAUCUCACCUCGGCUCUUCACACGGGUACAAGAAGCCAAUUCAUCGUAAACGGCUACAUGUCCGAUCCUCUUGAUGUCGGGUGUGGUAUACGCCAGGGUUGCCCGCUGGCACCCUUGCUUUUUAUCAUUGCGGUGGAACCUCUUUACGAGAUACUACAUAGCACGGUGAAGAUUGUUCGGAUCGCAAACACGUCGGAGACACUGGAGAUCAAGGUAUGCGGGUACGCAGAUGAUACUGCUGUGUACGUUCAGUCCCCGGAGGAAGUGUCUGUGGUCAUGCGGACUCUAAUGCGAUUUGGGACGGCUUCUGGGCUGGUCAUUGAUGCUUCGAAGUCUGUGGCGGUUCCUCUGUGUGCCGGUGUGAGCAUUGACCCCACACUUUUGCACGGUGUUAAGCUGUUACAGGCGGUCGAGAGCCAGACGAAAGACAAACACGGUCAGGAGCCGAGCUCUAUUAGCCUCGGCUUUAAUCAUUCCCAGGGUCACGUUUCUCGCGAGACACUCGUGGCCUACCCAUCGCGACAAGGUGUGCCAUCUCGAGCGUGGAUGAUUGAAGCACAGGCCGGUUUACGUGUGUGUGAUGGGGGGAUUGCUAUCCCACAUGUAGCAACGGAGCUGCUUGCUAUGGCGGCCAAUGCGGUCGGUAAAUGGGCAUCUUUUUCGAAUGGGCCAGCUCGAGUCGCGGGUGACAUAUUGCUGGCAAGGAGAGCUGGAGUUGAUGUGUACCUUACUCCGGAUAAGCCAUGCACAACCCCUAAGUGUUUUACGGUCUCCGACACCAUGUGGGCCAGCGGAGCAGCUGUGGUUCGUGGUGUGCAUAGCGUCCCUAUUGAUUUGUCUAAGGCUGGAUGUGUUGCAGCAACUGAGUCUCUCUUGCGUCGGCAUAUUUCAGCUGCCUACUGGGAGGGCGAUACGUUAACAUUUCGUAUCGAUACUGCCACGGUACAAGCCAUUGCAAGUAAAGCGGUCGGCGAGCAGUGCAUACGUGGAACUUUCUGCCACGAGUGGCUAGGUCGGGUGGGACUCGAUACGAGGCAAUGGUUGAUCAAUGGACGGGGAGAGGACGUCAAUAUACCUCUCCUGCGGCGUGAAGAACAGUGGCAAACGCUUCGUGAUCUCCUGACUUGGAUAUGGCACGGGGAUGGAACCAUCAAGUUCGAGCUUCAGCGUUCACGGUCACCGGCAAUUCGGCGUGCGGUCUCGGUCCUGUGCAAGGCGAUUUCCCAGUCCAGUCGCGGUACGACUGUGAACUCCGAGCCCGUGCGUGCAGACAUCAAUAAGCGGGACUUCCGCUUUCAUGAUCAUCUUGCAUUGUCGCGACUUGUGCAGCUUCACACUGGGGCUAAUUGGCGUUUUAAUCGGGCGCGGUACAAGGAGGCUGUGUCCGGGCAGCGUGUGGCACAGGGGACUGUGGAGAGAGAUCGGGCAAUCGCUGUUCAAGCUACAAAUAAUAAGGACCUGCAUGAUGCACUAUCCCAGCUGGGAUGGCGUGACAUUCGGGCAGUGAAGGGAGCUGGGGCUUCUACGGUCCAGACACUUUUUCGAUUGAAGGCCAACAAGCUGAAUUUAUGGAACUAUGUGCACAGUGACCGUUCUUGUCCACAUGGCGAGUGUCCCCGAGACGUACCUAUUAGCCUUCAACACGUCUUCUGA